GUCAUGCCCUCCGCCGCGCGCUCCCGAGCGUCGAAGCGCGCGAACGCGACGACGGACGUCGCGACGACCGCUCCCGAGGCGACGCUCGACCCGACGCGCGCGUACACGCGCUAUCGCGGCGUCGUCUACGACGUCACCGAGUUUCAGCAUCGCCAUCCCGGCGGCGCGCAAUUGCUCUCGCUCUGCGUCGGACGCGACGCGACGAUCCUGAUCGAGAGCCAUCACUUGCGACCUGAGGUGGUGCGCAAGUACAUGAAGACGCUGCCCGUGGUGGAGGGCGCGGCGGGCGCGUUCGGGAAGGAGGAGACGUUUCCGAAACCGCUCGAUUCGGCGGUGUAUCGAGCGAUACAACGCCGAGUGCGAGAUGAAGUCGUGGAACCGAUGAAAGCAAAGUCUGGAAGGGAGGCACACGGACGCGGUGGGUGCGUCGUGGACGCGGGGGUGGUCGUGUUGACGUUUGUCGCGGCGAUGGUGGCGUAUUGGCGCGCGCCCUCGGCGCUCACGGGGUGCGCGUUGGGACUGGCGGGGUACUGGAGCGGCACUGGGUUGCAACACACGGCGAAUCACGGAGGAUUGGCGAAGAGUGGAUUUUGGAAUCAGUUUUGGGGAUGGCUCGGGAACGACGUGGCGAUCGGGAAGAGUUCGGUGGAGUGGCGGUAUCAUCACAUGGUGAGCCAUCACUCGUACUGCAACGACGCCGAUCUCGAUCAAGACGUGUACACCGCGUUACCGUUGUUGCGACUUGACCCAUCGCAGGAGUUGAAGUGGUUCCAUCGGUACCAAGCGUUUUACGCGCCGCUCAUGUGGCCGUUUUUAUGGCUCGCCGCGCAAGUCGGUGACGCGCAAAACAUUUUAAUCGAUCGAGCGUCUCCCGGCGUCGAGUACAAGGGCUUGAUGAAGAACGAAAUCGCGCUGUACCUGCUCGGUAAAGUUCUGCACUUCGGCUUACUUCUCGGCGUUCCGGCGUACAUCCACGGGUUGUCCAACGUCAUCGUGCCGUUCCUCGCGUACGGCGCGUUUGGCUCGUUCGUCCUUUGCUGGUUCUUCAUCGUCAGCCACAACUUGGAGGCGUUGACCCCGAUGAACUUGAGCAAGAGCACUAAGAACGAUUGGGGUGCGUGGCAAAUCGAAACGUCCGCGUCGUGGGGUAACAGCUUCUGGAGCUUCUUUUCCGGUGGUUUGAACUUGCAAAUCGAGCACCACUUGUUUCCGGGAUGCGCGCACAAUCUGUACCCGAAGAUGGUUCCCAUCAUCAAGGAUGAGUGCAAAAAGGCUGGCCUCGCGUACACCGGCUAUGGUGGCUACUUUGGAUUGUUGCCCAUCACGCGCGACAUGUUUUCCUAUUUACACAAGAUGGGCCAUCAACGACCGAAGGCCAUGUAGAAAUCCGAACAAACCGUUGUACCUCU